UCGUUGUUAGUCACAGAUCGCAACGAACGAAACAAGCCAGAGCAUCGUUCUUCAAGCCAAGGACCCUUGUCAUCCAUUAAAGCAGUAAUCAAGAGAUCACUCAUGAAUAGUGCACAGCAAAAUGCCCCGUGGAAGAGCUUCUCGGACCUCUAUUCAAAGUGAACUGCAUCGGGAUAGGAGGCGCCCAGAGAUCACCAUUGUGGCGGCGGAGCCCCUUAGGCCAGCCUCGUGGUUUCCAGGAGCCCCUCCACCGGGACUAGGAUUCCCCCCGACUCCUGCAGCAGGCCCUUGGAGGCCCAAUGACCUGGUUCCCGCUGAGCUCCCGCCUUCCUACGAACAGGUCAUAAAAGAAAUCAACCAAGUUCAGGUUAAUACUACAAAUAACAACAAUGCUGCUGCCACCGCAAGAAACACGAUUACUUCCGCAACUCAGACCGACUUUCCAGAAGAAAUAGACAGCGAUCUGCCUCAAACACUACAGGUGCCCCUCAAACCUCUUCAGCCUUCCCCAGAAGCCUCACCUGGUGCUCUCCCAGCAAAUGCGGCACCCUUAAUCGUCUUUGAUGUUUCUGAGGAACAGAACGGUCCAGAAAACCUCAGUGCUGCAAGAUGUCCAGUGCCAAAACCGAGAUCAAAAGGCAACCUCAGGCCAGUAGCCAGGGAUACUGACAUCAAAGAGAAAACUCACCAGAAAACCAGCCCCGUGGUCCCCGAAGAGCGGCCAUCCCCAGGCCCGCCACCCCCGGCUCUGUUGGACGGUACCUGCGACCUAGAUAGUCAGGCAGUGAUGGACACUAUGAACACGGAACAAAGCCAAAAUAGUAUUGUUUCAAGGAUCAAAGCAUUUGAGGGCCAGACUAGCCUAGAAGCCUCGGAACUGGCCAAGAAGCCAGAGAUCAUUCCCCGUACGCUGCCCCCGAAGCCCGCAGCUCCCUCGGGGAAACCCUUGGUGGCUCCCAAACCAGCAGCAGCUCACCGCGUUUCUGGAGACUGGGAAGCCUGGGCUGAGAACAGACUCAGGGGGUCCCCCAGAGAAGGGCUCACCCCAUACUCCUCCCCGCAGGAAGCCGCAAGCAUCCCAGGAACCAAACCUGAAUUGCCAAAGAAACCAACUCCUGGCCUUACACGAAGUGUUAAUCAUGAGAUUUCUGAUGGAGGAGGAGGAGGGCCUGUGACCCACAGCCCUGAUGGGACCAGGAAGGUCCCGACUCCUGCCCCGAGGCCCUUGCUACCCAAGAAAUCGGCCUCCUCUGAAAACUCCACCUACCCAUCAGUUCCACCCAAACUGGUCCCCGUGCCUCCCCGUCUCUCGGUGGCAUCCCAAGCCAAAGCCUUCAGGUCACUGGGAGAAGGGCCUCCUGCCAACCCCCCAGCGGCAGCCCUGCAAAGCCCGGCCCUGGAGGACGUGGACCUCAUCAGCUUUGACGAUGACAUCUUGCCCAGCUCCUCCGGGAACCUAGCUGAGAACCCUGUGGGUUCUGACAUGGUUCUAGAUCCCUUUCAGCUCCCCACAAAAACAGAACCAGCAAAGGAAAGAGCCGUUCAACCAGCAACCACCAGGAAGCCCACUGUAAUUCGAAUUCCAGCUAAACCAGGAAAACGUUUACAUGAGGAUUCACAAAGUCCACCUCCUCUUCCUGCUGAAAAACCUAUUGGCAAUACUUACAGUAUACUAUCCGGAAAACUCAGCAAUGCUGACAAAACUAGAAACUUGGAGCCGGAGCUCGCUGGUGAAUCAGGAGGCUUUGUGAGAGGACCUCCCAGGUUGCCACCGAGGCCUGUCCAUGGAAAAGUCACCCCAACUCCAAGACCUCCUCCCAAAGGAGCCCCUGAGAGACCACCUCCCCCCAGACUUUCCACGACCAAAACGUCAAGUAAAAAACUGCUUUUUAAUCGAUCAUCUUCAGACAUGGACCUUCAGAAAAAGCAAAGUCACAUGGUGUCAGGACUGUCCAAAGCCAAGAGUCAAGUGUUUAAAACUCAAGAUCCGGUGCUGCCCCCUCGCCCUCAACCUGGACACCCUCUCUACAGGAAAUACAUGCUGUCGGUGCCUCAUGGAAUUGCCAAUGAAGACAUUGUCUCACAGAACCCGGGAGAACUCUCUUGUAAGCGUGGGGACGUACUUGUGAUCCUGAAGCAGACUGAGGAUAACUACUUGGAAUGCCAGAAGGGAGAGGACACAGGCAGAGUUCACCCGUCCCAGGUGAAGGUCGUCACUCCGCCGGAGCAGCCGCUCAGAAGCCGACCCGACCCCUGUUUCCCCGCCAAGGAGCCCGGCCACACCCAGAAGCCCGUGGACGGGGGCUUUCCUCACGCCGUGGUUCUCCAUGAUUUCCCAGCAGAGGAAGCCGACGAUUUGAAUCUUACAUGUGGAGAAACUGUUUAUCUUCUCGAAAAAAUAGAUGCAGAAUGGUACAGAGGGAAAUGUAGAAACCAGACCGGAUUGUUUCCUGCCAACUACGUCAAAGUCAUUGUUGACAUUCCAGAAGGAGGAAAUGGGAAAAGAGAAUCAGUUUCAUCUCAUGGAGUUAAAGGCCUAAGAUGUGUUGCUCGGUUUGAAUACAUUGGAGACCAGAAAGAUGAGUUAAGUUUCUCAGAGGGAGAAGUAAUUCUUCUUAAAGAGUAUGUGAAUGAGGAAUGGGCUAGAGGAGAGCUUCAAGACAGAACGGGGAUCUUCCCACUGAACUUUGUGGAGCUUCUGGACGAUGGUCCAAUCCCUGGUGCAAACACUUCAAGCACAAAGAUACCACCAAAGACCAAAAAUGAAGAUUCUGCCUCAAAUUCUCAGGAUCUCAGUCUUUCUGGAGAAUGGUGCAAGGCCCUUCACAGUUUCACCGCCGAGACCAGCGAUGACUUAUCCUUCAAAAGGGGAGACCGGAUCCUGGUCCUCGAGCGCCUGGACUCUGACUGGUACCGCGGCCGACUGCAUGACCGAGAGGGGACCUUCCCAGCAGUGUUUGUACAGCCCUGCCCAGCUGAAGCAAAAAGUACGUCUGCCACAGCUCUGAAGGGGAGGAAGGCAAAAGCCUUGUAUGAUUUCCACGGGGAGAAUGAUGAUGAGUUGUCUUUCAAGGCUGGAGCUGUAAUAACAGAGCUGGAGCUCGUAGAUGAUGACUGGAUGAGCGGAGAGCUAUUGGGGAAAUCUGGAAUAUUUCCCAAAAACUACGUUCAGUUUCUACACGUCAGCUGAAGGUGAAGGCUGAGUCUUCCUGGGCACGAGAACUCACUUGACUCUCACUUUGACUAUCAGAUGUUUUGCACUAUUUUUUUUUUUUUUUUUUACCAGAAAGAAAUAUCUAAGAUGUACAUGGUACACUACAAUUUUCUGAAGGCAGUAAACUUCUGGAGUGUGUAGCUAGCUAGCUUUUGUCCACGGUAGAAAGAUGCACAUGGAAAGCUGUGAGGACCCUUGUAGCAGGCUGCACAAAGCAGACCAUCUCCCCCAGAGGAAAGGAGAAGGCGGGUGGUAUCCUGGCCACGUGGGGAGGCUGGCACUCAGACGCCUGCUUGAAUCAGUGCACAUGAAUUAACCCUACUUCUUCAUUUUUUUACUUUAGUCCAAAAAUAGGACAUUUGACAUUCUACAUGCUGUAACUAUCGGGACAUGAAUGGUAAUCAGAAUUUCAUUUUUGAUAUUCAGAUUAAUUCUAACAGCUUGAGUGCACUAAGCCUUGGUUCCCAGGGCAAGUGCUUUGCUUCCAAAUGGAUGGUUCGGUAACCAGUGGAGCACUGGUCAGCAUGUGGGGGAGUCAGCUCAUGCUCCCUGUGUUUCCUUCCCGUCUGUCCAGGCAGGGACCUCAAGAGGAUGUGUCUUACUUAGUCACGAGAACCAAAACCAUCCUUAAAAUGCCUUGUUAAUACAACUAAUCUAUCCACAUAUGUGCCAUACUUAGUUCAUUCCUUGGUAGAUACUUUAUGUUAACAGGGUUAUUAUAAAACACAUUUUCUGAAUCUACAAUCAUUCCUUUGACAAUUACUGGUACCCAAAGGAAAAUUCAUUUUCCUUGCAUUACCCCAGUAAUCUAUAAAAGCUGUGUCUCGUUAUGCUACUGCACUAUGAAUCACAUAUAGUAUCUUAGAACACAGGGCAACUGUUAGGAUGAAAAACAGUGCCAGCCCACGUAGCUCAUUUCCUGUCCAUAUAAUCAGAAGGAAAAAUAAUCUAAGAGGACUGAAGGCUGGUACCGUUUUUUCCUCCAGCUCAUCUCUGCACAAUUAUUAGAGUAAAUAAAAGACCACUUUCCUGCCGUCCAUUGUCAUACAUUCUAAGGUCAAGAUAAAAGUGGCUGUUGCAUGACUGAAUCAAUUACAGUUUAUGAGCUUAAGCCAAAUAGGUUGAAGACAAUCUUCCUGACAGAUCAGUGGACUAACAUUUCACUGGAAAUAUAGAGCACUUUCCCAACGAUGUCCAUGACUUUCUUCGAUCUUGAAGAAGAGUUUGAUAUGCUGGACCACUACUUAGUUUUUGUUUGCUCAAUUAUCCGAAAAGCUACACAGCCAGUGGUGGCGCCAUUACCUAAAUGUGGGAUUCUGUGAGGAAGCCCUACUUACUUUGUCUUUGCCUAAAGUUCAUCUCCCUAGUAUGUGGCUGCAUUUUGGUUUUGGAGUUUAGAAGCUGGUGAAUAAGAGAGUAUGCACAAAAUGCCUGUAAGUUUUCACUCAAAAGUAAUUCCACGAGACUGCCAUGACAAAGCAUUAUCCAAACUAAAUUCCCCCUUGCAGCAAGCUGUGCCCAGCAGGCAAGAGCCAAGGGAAUGGAGUGAGACAUGAGGUAUGCCUUUGCCUAUGUAGUUCUAACACCUUAUAUUGAAGAUUCUGAAAACCUAUCUGUAUUGGGAAAAAAAUACCCUCUUAGAUGUUGGCCUUCAGUGCACUAGCUGUGUAUCUCUUGACAGUAUAAUAAACUGAAUGGAACUCUGAAA